AUGGAUCCAUCCUCCUCCCCGGCCGCGGCCGUUUCUUUUCCAUUCACUUCAGUUGCCGACAAUAGCGGAUUAAGCCAGGCCACGGCGAAUGCCAUCGAGACUCACUUGAUGGAACUCUCGGCGACUCGGAGCCCAGCCACGACUGACAGGCAAGGCACAGUACUCGCCAUCGUAACUUUCCCCAAAGAUGACAGCUUGAGAAUGGCCUGCGACGGGAAACGGUGGUGCCAGGAUAUCCAGCUCCGCAUGAGCUACGACAAGCUCAUCAGUCUGGAAUCUAAGAAAAUCGACGACAUGUUCACACCUAGGGCGCAGGCCCGCUUCCGUCGACGGCACGGCUUCGAGCGCGAGUUGCCGCGCGGCAUCAAAUUCAUUCUGGAUUUCACUCCGCCAGCAGAAGGGGCCGAACUGGCCGAGCUCACCGCGGCACUGUGGCUGCCUCAGAUGGUCAAGAUCUGGUUUUUGGCUGGUCAAUAUUUCCCCAAUCCCAUUAUCGAGCAGGCCAUCGGGCAUCCUAGUCGCCCCCUAGCCGACAAGGCUGUGGGCGCGAUACUCACUCUCGGUCACGACGAUGUCUGCAAGAACCUCGCAUGCCUGACAGACUACACUGAGUGGCAAGGCAAGGACUGGAUUCCCGGCAUCGUCGACGAUCUGGGCCCCGGCCCGAGCCAUAUCCCCGCCUGGCGCAGGGUAGAAGACUACUGCCCGAUCCGGCACCGGGUCGCCAUCGUCCGGGUGCUCAGGGCCAUCAACGGCGAUGGCCUUCUCCUAAACUCGGCUGUGCGCCUGUGGACCGUUGCCCAGGUGGCCAUCGCUCUCGAGGUGCCACAGGUUGUCGUCGACCCCGUCACCCAGUGGCUUGUGGCUCCUCCAAACACCAAAUUCAUCGAGAUCUGCCCGGAGAUCGCUUUCCGGCUGGCUUACGCACUCAAGAUCCCGAGCGUCCUGACCACCGCUUUCAAGAUCCUCGUCAACGAACUUGCCGUCGACUACGCCUCGUCAGACCCGGUGACUUCCAAGCCUCCGAUGACCUGGGCCCAACGCCGCCGGGAUGAAUACGGCGACUACCCUUCCGAUCCGGUCGAGUAUGCCAGCCGCGCAUUUGCCGAACGCAUGGGCGAAACGCUCAAGAUGCUCCAGUCCGACGACGUAUUUAAUAACCUCCCAAGUCCCAUCUUAGAGUGGGAGAAGCUGCAAGCCUACGGCGCCACCAUCACUGCUAUGUUCGCGCCCAGCCACCCCCUCUUAACUGCUUACAGCAACCUGACUGCCGCCCUCCUCGCUACCUUCCAUGGAUGGGUCGACAACGCCCUCAACCUCGACACGCUCAAUACCUCGCACAGGCUCAGCGACGACCUCCUCGAGGCCCAGCGCAAACACUACGUCCCUAGCAUCAUCCGCAAGCCCCUCGUCGGCCUCUACUGGACCCUCAACCCCACGCAAAAGCUCCUUACCCCAUUCUUCUGGAACCAACUGAUUUGGAUCCAGCCCUACGAUCAGAUCAUCAAGACCCAUCACCAUGGCACGCCCCUCGUGGAUCACGCCGAGAAGUUCAACCUCGAACUGCAGCGCGCCCUGACCGAAGCGGUGGCGCCCACCAUCGCGUACCCCUACGAUCCCGCCACCAUGGACCCCAUCGAGCACCGGCGCGCCUUCAUCGACAGCACAUCAGACCUCAACGGCCCGGCAGCCACCAACCCCCUCGUGGCCACAGCGCUCGCCCAGACACCCGCGCGCCAGCUGAUCCCCGAACUGGUCGCCUUCAACCCAGCCCGCUUCUUCCACGAGCUCAGCCGCGAGACGCGGGCCCUCGGCGGCCGCCACCUGCCCAACCACUCGGUAUGGAUGCGCGACAACGAGUCCGCCACCAGCAUCCCGCUCUUCCUCUCGGACCACCACCUCCUCUCCCUCGACGACCGCGAGCUCGGCUACCUGCCCAUCUGGGCCGACGGCCUCGACGACGGCACCGGCGGCGUCUUCCAGGACCACGUCCCCUCCACCGACAUGGGUCCCUCCGAGCCCGGCCCAGCCUACCACACCGGUCACACCACCGCCGGCACCGCCACCGUCGGCACCACCACCGACGCCGCCCCCGCCUCCACCAUCGCCCCCUCCGACCUCGGCGUCGCCAACCUCGCCCUCAGCAGCCACCACACCAACACCAACACCACCACCACCAACCGCACCGACGAUUGGGUCAUGAGCAGCAGCACUCCCACCGCAGGCCGCAGCCUGGCCGCCCACCGCAGCGGCACCGCCACCAGCGGCACCAUGGAAGGGGAGCGGAGCACCCGUGGCGCGACGCCGACCCCGUCGGAGGCGUUCACCAUGGGGGGGGAGGACGAGGAUGGGUUAUAUGCGGACGCGAGGUAUGCGCAACCGGCGGGGCAUCAGGGGCAGGGGCUGGCGAUUGAGAGGUAUGUGGAUGAGGUUGAUGGGGAGGGGGAGGGGGAGGGGGGUGGGGGUGGUGGGGAUGGGUUUGAGUGGGAUUCGGAUGGGAUGGAGUUGGAUUUAGAUGAGGGGAGUGAGGAUGAGGAUGGGGAUGAGGAUGAUGGGAGUUCGACGUUGGAUGGGUUUGAGGAUGUGGAUGUGGAUGGGGAUGGGGAUGGGGAUGUCGAGGUGGAGGAUGCGCGGUGA